AUGUUUGGAUAAAAUUUCGGUAAUUUUAAACUUAACUAAGAAUUUAAUUCUGAUGAUGCUUUAGAAUUAAUGCCACCCAUAGUCUAUGGAAAUUAAUAAUAAUCACAAAAUUCAUAAUAACCAUAAACAGAUAAAAAAAAAUCAAGGCGCGUGAGAGCCGAUUAAACAAAUAGAGAUUAUACUUGUGGAUGUGGUAAAAGUUAUUUAUCCUAUCCCGCCCUAUAUACACAUAUUAAAUAAAAGCAUGAAGGAAAAACGCCCUAAGGGACGAAAAAACCAUAAAAAAAUAAAGGAUAAAGAGGGAGACCAUCAUUAUCCCAAUUUUAAUAAUCUCAUGUAACUAUAUAUAUUUUUAUACCUUUUAUAUUAAUAAUUUAAUAAAACACUGAUAAUCUAUCAACAGAUUCAAACGAUGCUAUUAAUAUAAUUGAAGAACUAGUUUUAUAUUUAUUCGAGUCUUUAAAUAAUGAUAUUAGUAUAAUAUUAAAUGAAAAUGAUUAGUUAAGUUUUGAGUAAAUAAAAUAAGCCUUUCCUAUAGAUAAAUUUAAUAAUAAUCUAUCAGAUUAUCUUGUUAUUUAGUAGCAUUUAUAAUAAAUAUGUAUUGGAAAUUUUGAGGAAGGACAACUAAAUGAAGAUGGGCUAUAUGAUACUAAAUCUUUGAAUGAAAAAGGAUGGGUUAUGUUAUAAGAGUAAUAAUUAGAAAUACCAUUACAUGAAGAAUUCUGCAAUUUUAAUAAUGCUUAACAUGUUCUAGAAAUUUCAAAUGAAUUUGUUACUGAAAUUUUGCCAAGAUAUUUAGAUUAGUUUGAUUUAAACGAUUUUAGAGUUAUUAAAAAAUAGAAUUUAUACAAACAAAUUGUUAAUUUAACAAAAUAUUUCUGUAAUUGGCUUUAUGCUAAGAAAUAUACUAAUUCUGUUUUAUAAAUGAAUAAUGAUGAUGAAAAUACAACUACUGAUGGAUUUUUCAUAUAUUAAGAUGCUUUAAAUUUUCAUGAAAAAGCAAAACAAUACUUCCCAGAAAUAACAAUAGCUUAAUUUUCUAUUGGAAAAACAUCCGAAAAUAGAGAUAUUUAUGCAUAUGGAUUGACAUUGCUUACUGAAGGUUAAAUAUAGGCAUAAGGAGUUUUAAUAAAUAGCUUACACCAUGCUAGAGAAGUUAUGUCUUUUUCUAUGCUUUUGUUUAUACCAGCUAUUAAUGUAGACGGAUAUGAAUAUUUAAGAUAAAAUUUUGAUAAUAUACCUAUUAGAGAUAAUGUAAGAAAAAAUAGACAUAAAGAAAUCAAAUGUGCUAAUGAAUAUUCAAAUGGGGUAGACUUGAAUAGAAAUUAUGAAUAUGAAUUUGCAUUUGAUAAUUAAGGAAGUAGUAAUAAUCCUUGUGAUUCUGGUUAUAGAGGAUAAUUCCCUUUUUCAGAAAACGAAACUGCUAGCUUAAAGAAAUUUCUUGAUGAAAGACCUAAUAUUAGGGUUGCAUUUAAUUUGCAUUCAUAUGGAAAUAUGUGGAUCAUGCCUUUUAAUUAUAAAAAUGACAUUAAGAAUGGUUAAUUAAAACAAUAUAUAAAAGAAUAUAAUGUUUAUAUGGAAUUUUAGAAGGAAGCUAAAUUUUCAAAUGAUGCAUAAAUUGGUAAUUCAUAAUAAACACUCGGAACAUAUUAUUUAAGUAAUGGAGAAUGUACAGAUUGGAUGUUAGCUAAAAAAAAAAUAAUUGCAAUUAGCCCUGAAAUCGGAAAAAAUGAUGAUAUUACUGAAAAUUUAAUUUGCAUCUAAUAAUUUGAAUUAUGA